GAGUUUUGAUUCUUGUUGAUCCUGACAUUUGUCAAAUAUGGUGCAACAGUUAUUUCAAACAAAAUCUGAAUACUUGAACUCGAAAUGAUAAUAACGUUCUGACACGGAGACUAACUUUAUCUUCAACUUUCUUAUCAGAGAACCAACUGUCAGAUUAAAAACUCACUUGCAAAAUCAAUACUCUUAUACUAUUCUCUCCUCUUCAUCAUUGUAAUGUGCGAUAUAACUUAUACAAAGAGAUGAUAGAGCUGCAUCAUGGCCUAUUAUAUUACGUGUUUUCUGAACUGCAGAAGAUUUCUUGUACAGAACAAAACGAGCAAUGUCUCUACAGCAUACUUAUUUGCUGUGAAUAAACUGCAUCGGUCUAUGAGUGAUGUCCUAGCGAUCACAAUCGUUUUGCGCUCUCAAAGCAGACAGUUGUAAACUGUAUUCGAGAAUUCGACUUUUAUAGACAAACUUACCGAAAGAUCUCAACUUUUCGAUGAAUAAUUCAAUAUUUAAACAACUAGAAUAUCCGACUGAGCAUUUACAACCUCGAAUACUAAAAAUAUUUUCUUAGCAAAAAGAACUCAUGUUUUAGUUUGUUAAAAAAUAGGUCCUAUCAAAGCCAUGCCAUAUCUUAACAAAAUCACGUUAUUAGCUCAUUGUAAACUAUCAGAACAAUAAUCACAAAAUUUUUACAUCAAAGAUAUAAAUCAAACUGACCGAUCACAGCAAAUAUUCAUUAUACUCAGAUUAAAAACUCCUUAUGAGAAGUUAAAAUGACAUAUAAAAACAGCAAUUAAAUGAUUCUUAAUGGCUAGAUAGGAUAAUCAUUUGAUUUGUAUCUGAUGAACGGAUCAUAAAGAAUAUCUCGUUUUGCGUUUUGAAAGAAGUAUGCACAGAUUUUCAGAAUGAUGAGAAUUUCUCAAAUGUCAUAAGAAACCAUUAAGCAACAUGAUACAAAAAUUUACAGCAAAAUGUCGACAGUUUCGUGAACUGAGUCACAUCUCUUAUCAAAGGGAAAGUAAAUUUACUAGAUACUAAGAAAACUACUCCAAUAAUCGUGACAAACUUCGAAAUGAAUUUCGAAAUUACUACGAAAGUAGGAAGUUACUGAUAUUUUCUAUAAUAACCAGUGUCGAAGAAAAACACCAAUAAUACCGAGAAGUUUCAAAAAAUUACGCGCGCACUAAAAUAAGUUUCACCACCAAAAUCAACCUACAUUGAGUAACUACUACGAAAUUACCAACCAAUUUCAUCGACAACAGAUAUUAAGAGUGUUUACUGUAUCAGAAUUCGAUCAUACAAAAGGAAAAUAUUCUGAGUUUUUUUUCCAUUUGAAUAAAUUUAGAUAAACCAUGGCUCGAUAAACAAUUUCAUGAUAUAGAACAAACAUCGAUCAAAAAGCCUGAUGAACUUGUCUCCGAGCUUCAACAUCCUGAGAGUGAAAUCGAUGAACAAUUGCUCGAUCGUAUUCUUGGUUCCAUAAUCGGAUUACUCUUAGGUGAUGCACUUGGUGCACAUGUUGAAUUCAGACCACAUGAUUUCUUAAGAGCCAAUCCUGUGACUGAACUGCAAGGGGGCGGCACAUGGGGUCUCGAAAAAGGCCAAUUUACUGACGACACGUCCAUGGCUCUAUGUCUCAUUAAUUCGCUCAUUGCACGUCAUGGAUUUGUACCGUAUGAUCAAUUAGUUCGUUACAAAUGGUGGUAUAGACAUGGUUAUAUGUCGUCAACGGGACGUUGUUUUGAUAUUGGCUCAGCUACUACUCAAUCAAUUCGAGAAUUUGAAAGACGUCAAAUGAUAUUUGCUAAUGAAAAAAAUAUUCCUCUUGAAUACUUAGAUUACUUAUCCGAUCAUCAACUUCUCAAUGAAUUUAAUGUUUAUUGUAGUCAAGAGGGCGUAGCUGGAAAUGGUGCUCUCAUGCGUUUAGCUCCUGUACCACUGUUCUUUCAUCGAAAUCCUAAAAUUGCUGUUAAAUAUUCGGGUAUUAGUGGUCAAAUAACACACGGUGACCAAAAGGCCUAUGAUUCAUGUCGCUAUUUUGGUGCUCUUAUUGUCGCUGUUCUUCAAGGUGAAACGAAGAACAGUCUGCUCAGUAAUAGAUUCUAUGAUGAUCACAAAGAUUGGUUCAAUGAUGAAUCUCUUCAUCCCGAUGUCCAGCAAGUAGUUGAAGGAUCAUUCAAACGAGAUGGAGGUUAUGACGAUGGUAUACGAGGUAAAGGUUAUAUAAUCAGUGCUCUCGAAGCUGCUCUAUGGGCCUUCUGGAGUGACGAAGAUUCAUUUGAGAAAGGUGCUCUUGCUGCUGUUAAUCUUGGUGAUGAUACAGACACAACAGCAGCCAUUUAUGGUGCAUUAGCUGGAACUUAUUAUGGCUACGAGAAUUUACCUCAGAAAUGGCUCGAUAGUAUCUAUGCAAAAAAUUUCAUCAUAUGUUUAUGCAAAUGGAUGACGUAUGAAGCAACAAGACUUUUUCAUGAUUCAAUUUCAGUGGAGCCUCCUUUGUCGCGUCAAAGUUCAAUCGAUCAUCGCGAUUCGGAAGUCUAUCCAAUAGUUGAAAACGCGAUUACUGAAGAAAAUUCGAUAACAACACAUAGUUUUCCACCCAUUAUCAUUUCAGCGCCAACUAAAAUGCCUUCUAUACAGCGCACAGCAAUCGAUCCAGCAGGUAAACUUGGUUCACUCUAUGAUGCAUAUCGAGAUCGUCUUAUUGUUCAAUCUGAUACUAUUGUUAAAAAUCAACAUGUGUCUGUACUAGCUAAAACAACGAAAUGUUUUGUGAGAAAAGGAAAUCCUGGCGAGAAUUUGAACCUUCUUCAAAUGAUUGACAUUACAAAUGAGUUGCGUUUAAGUGUAGAAUUCAAUAUGACACCUGCUAUCGGCAUAGCUAAGACAAACAAUUACAAUUUACCAAUUAAUAUUCACACGCGUUUUCUCUACUAUAAUUAUUUGGAUCGAGAAGAAUCAUUGCACGGUAAUGCUAAUGAUAUUAGUCGAUCGAUUCCAUCAUCGAUACCUAAAACACAGGCUACUCACGUUGUAACAGGUAUCACUUUAGGAAUUGAAGUUCUUGUCAUUCUACAAUUAUCACCUGAUGAUGCGUCCAAAGUCGAUAAUGUACUCAAUCAAAUCCGUCAGUAUUUAACAAAUAAUGACACUACUUUCGGCAUGACAUUAGAUGAAAAACGUUUACUUAAUCGAAUUAAUCGCACCACUAUAUAUUCAAAUAUUUAUGAACUAACUAAAAUAACGAAUGUACUGGAUCUUUGUUAUAAAAUUAUUGAUGUUCGAGCCAAUCGUAUUCGUCAUUCACCGUUGACAUAUACGCUUUGUCCCAUACGAUUUCUUUAUCCUGAAUAUUCAGAAAAUGAUGUAAUCUACGUUGCAUUAGAACCACAAAUUAUCGAGAAAAUUGAGUUGUAUUUAUUUUCGAUGUCUUCUCAGUUCAAGAUAUUAAGAAAAUUAUUAGAACGUAAAUCUUUGCAUUCAUCGGAUGAAUAUCUUCGUCAACAAUUUCUUGACGCACAAAAUCAAUUUUCAAACUUGGAAAAAAUCUACUCAAAACAAAUGAAAACAUUUCAUGCUUGGAUUAUUGAUGCUCGCAAAGGAAAAGUUUCUUCAAAUGCAAGCAUUCGAGAAUUGACUGAUACUGAUGAAAAUGAAUUGAAAGAAGCUAUUAAUAACAUUAUCGUUCGUCUCAAGGGCUUAAAAGAGAAAGAACGUUCAUUUCAUCAUUCGCAAGAUACACGAAGCGAACACCAUGUAUACAAUGAUCGUCAUGAUGCAAAUAUCGAAUAUCAGUCAACAAAAGAUGAACGAAAUGGAAAUUUCAAGUAUUCAAUGGAUACAUCAGAAAAAAAGUUUGAUCGGAAUUCUUCAUCAUUUAUCGAACGUGAGACAUAUUACGAAUCUGUUGUUCCGUAUACUGAUCGUCCACUGAGAUCAAACAGUACUAAUGAACUAUUAGUAAAUGAUGAAAUUAGUACUGUACAUGUAUCACAUUCGAAGAACUCAUGGCCACCACGGACAUAUCCUAAGUUUGCCUCAUUGAUUCCAACUGAAGAAACAAUUAACAUACUUCUUCUUGGUGAAAUUGGUGUCGGAAAAUCGACUUUUAUCAACGCUUUUGCUAACUAUUAUUCAUUUGAUACACUCGAUAGUGCUCGAUUUGAUAAGCCGACCGUUGUAAUUCCAAGCUCAUUUCUAAUAACGACACGUGAUUGGUCUGUAACCCCAAUACGUGUCCAACUCGGUGCUUCGGAUUCCAAUCAAAUACAUAAUAAUUAUAAUCAUUCAACAACUCAAGAAUGUAAAUCUUAUUUAUUUCAUAUGCAUGAUGGAACCAAAAUUCGAUUUAUUGACACCCCCGGACUUGGAACUGUGUAUGAUCGGGAUCAAGAUCAUCUCCAAAUGCAAAACAUAUUAUCAUUUAUUAAUAACUUGCCACAUAUAAAUGCCGUAUGCUUUUUUCUUAAACCAAAUUUUUCACGAUUUUCUGUUUAUGAAUCUUGUUUUCAACGACUAUUUAAUUUUUUUGGCGAAGAUAUUAGCAAAAAUAUUAUUUUCUGUUUUACAAAUUCGUUUUCGAUGCGAUUCGAUUCUACGAAGGGAAUUCGUAUAUUUGAAUCACGGUUAAAAUCAAUAUUAAAUCAUGGAAUUCGGAUGAGAAAAGAAAACACGUUUAAUUUUGAUGGUGAGUCUUUUCGUUAUUUAGCCGCUUUACAUCAUUUGAUUGAAUUCGAUGACGCAUCAAUAUAUAAUGUAAAAUCUAGCUGGUCAAAAUCGAAUAUUGAAGCAAUACGUUUUCUUCGAUAUAUUAAAACGCAACUUAUCCCAUUUCAAAUCCAUCGAAAAUGUCAAUCGAUUGAACAUGCUCUAUUCGAAAUUCAAUGUAUGAUCCGUCCCAUGUUAGAAACAAUGCGAAAUAUGUUGCGAAAUUACCUCUUGUGCACCAGAGAUUUGCCUAAUGCAUCAAUCGAAUUAUGUUCAAAAGCUAUUUCAUCUAAUACAGCACUCUGUUCAUCAUGUCCAUCUCACUCUGAUCGAUUUGGAAAUUUUUGGAUAGGUCUCAAUAAGCAACAUAAAUUAGGCAGAAAUCGAUGUUAUUCUUGUAUUUGUAGCUUGAAAAGCCAUAUUCCAAUCGAUUAUCAACUAGAUUACAAAUUUUCAUUGGAUCAACACAAAUAUAUUUACAAUGAAAUGGCUGAUAUUCUUGAACUAAUCAAAUUUAGCGCAUAUUUUGGUAAUUUUCUCCUAGUUUAUUCCAAUGAUUUACAAAGUGAUCCAUUCUUGUCAGGUAUCGAUCGAAUGAUUAAAGAAGAACAUUUUAUUUAUUCUCAUUACUAUCCGAAUAUUCUCAAUUUAAAAUUAUAUGACUCACUCAAAGACCUCAAGCGUCAUUAUCAACAAGAUAUGGAAGAAAUAUCCAAAAAGCAAAGGGACUACAUCAAUUUAUCUGGUAUCGACGAACGAAUCAAAUAUAUCAGCGCUCUACCAGUGAUAAACGAACAACUAAAUGCUAUAAAACAAAGUCGUGAAUUAUUCAUUAUUGAACAUGAAUAUCGAGUAAUGCUAAAAAAGCGAGCGUAG